CGGAGCCGCGGCCUCGCAGAGUGCCCAACCGCCCCGCGCCUAGGCCUGGGGCAGCGCGAGCGCCGAACCUCCCGCUGGACACCAAGAUGCCUGGCGAACAGCAGGCAGAGGAGGAGGAGGAGGAAGAGAUGCAGGAGGAGAUGGUGCUGCUGGUGAAGGGUGAGGAGGAGGAGGGUGAGGAGAAGUAUGAGGUGGUGAAACUCAAGAUCCCCAUGGACAACAAGGAGGUUCCCAGCGAGGUGCCAGUGCCAGCGCCGUCGGCCGAUCCGGCGCGCCCCCACGCGUGCCCAGAUUGCGGCCGCGCCUUUGCGCGCCGCUCCACGCUGGCCAAGCACGCACGCACGCACACGGGCGAGCGGCCCUUUGCGUGCACCGAGUGCGGCCGGCGCUUCUCGCAAAAGUCAGCGCUGACCAAACAUGGCCGCACUCACACAGGCGAGCGGCCUUACGAGUGCCCGGAGUGCGACAAGCGUUUCUCUGCUGCCUCGAACCUGCGGCAGCACCGACGGCGUCAUACUGGCGAGAAGCCGUACGCAUGCGCACACUGCGGCCGUCGUUUCGCGCAGAGUUCCAACUACGCACAGCAUCUGCGCGUGCACACGGGCGAGAAGCCGUACGCGUGCCCGGACUGCGGACGAGCCUUUGGCGGAAGUUCGUGCCUGGCACGCCACCGACGCACGCACACGGGCGAGCGGCCUUACGCAUGCGCCGACUGCGGCACGCGCUUUGCGCAGAGUUCGGCACUGGCCAAGCACCGGCGCGUGCACACUGGCGAGAAGCCGCACCGCUGUGCAGUGUGCGGACGGCGCUUCGGCCAUCGCUCCAACCUGGCAGAGCAUGCGCGCACGCACACAGGCGAGCGGCCCUAUCCGUGCACAGAGUGCGGUCGCCGCUUCCGCCUCAGCUCGCAUUUCAUCCGCCACCGUCGGGCGCACAUGCGGCGCCGCCUGUAUAUCUGCGCCGGCUGUGGCCGGGACUUCAAGCUACCCGCAGGCGCCACCGCCGCCAAUGCCACCGAGCGCUGCCCAGAGUGCGAGGGCAGCUGAGCCAGCGUGGAAUUGAAAGCUUCAGACUGGGGAGGAGCACUUUGGGAUUUAAAUCUGGCUGCAUUAACCAGAAUGGCUCCUCCCCAGCACCUGGGUCUGGGAAAGGGUGGGUUGGCAGCCCUGGCCAUUCUGGGUCUGGGAGACAGGGGAAAGUGCCCUACCAGGGUCCCUGAAAAUGGUGCCCACCUCCCCCUCACUACAUUCCCUUGGCCCGUGUUAGUGAAUAAAGUAUUAUAUCUUCACUCCACCCGUGCCUGUGAGUGGGGUUGG